AUGGCCACCACCUUGGCAUUCCGGGCGCUGGUCUGGGCUGCCCUUUUGGCAGCCCUGGUGUCCUACUGUCUUGCAUUCUCAUACAACCAAACCCGUUAUGGAGUUGUCCAUGUAUCGGAUGAACAUGACAUUUUUUCUGCGGAAUCCGAGGCUAAGCUUAACAAAGAUGAACCCGAAGAAGGAGAGGACCACGGCCACAUCGACGUACCGGAUGGCGCUGAGUUCACAUCAUUCAAGGUGAACGAGGACGGCGACGAGGAAAUCGCAGGUUUCAUCUCAGCCGAUUUAGACGACGACACAAUCGAGCAUCUUUUUAUUGUUCUGCACGGGAGGCUGAGGGAUGGAAACAGCUACUGGAAGACGCUGAACGAAUCCAUCGAAAAGGCCAGAGACGACGACUUCCCUGGAGCGGACUCCAAAAUGGCAGUUCUCGCCCCGCAGUUUUUCUCGACAAAAUACAACUCUGGCCAGUACAAGGACAAUCAGCUGGCGUGGGAUGACUUGAACGCUUGGCAACCAGGUGCCCAGGCUAAUCACCCCGAAAACACAAACAUUACCUCUUUGGACGUUCUGGAUGGCCUCGUCAAGAUCCAUUCAAACAAGGAGAAGUAUCCGAAACUGACGAACGUCACCAUCGUUGGCCAUGGUGGCGGUGGUCAGCUUGCGCAGCGGUACUCGGCUUUGGGUAACGAUCCCCCUGAAAAUGUCCACGUUCGGUACAUCCACGGCGACCCAUCAUCAUGCAUGUACUUCACCGAAGACCGCCCCAUUCUUUCAGAUGACGACAAAGUUUCGAAAGGUGCCUGCUCUUCCUACAAUACCUGGAGAUACGGUUUCAACGAGUUCCCCGGCACGGGAGGAAGGCGCUUGUCGCCAAAGGAAUAUUUCAAGCAGUACGUCAGCCGAGAUGUCGUCUCGAUCGUGGGUCUUGAGGAUACUGGGAGUUCUGGUGAUACAAGUUGCAUGGGGAGGAUGCAAGGAGGUACCAAUCGGCGUGCUCGCAACCUGAUCUGGUACCGGUACAUCAACGAGCUCGCGGGAACGGAUGAAGAUCUGGACGGCUUCCCUGGUUCAUUCGAGGAUCUUCCUGACUGGAGCGACGAGGUGGAUGGAAAGAGCCACCUGCGGCUCGUUGUUGUUGAAGAUGCGGAUCAUGAUGCCGAACAAAUAUUCGAAUCAAAACUCGGGCGAGGGGCGCUGUUCCACAAUCAUGACAUCGACGGAGGCUGGCGCCCCGAUGAUGACGAUGACGAUGAGAACUAG